AUGACGGUGAGAAAGGGCGAUAGAAACCCAGCCUGCGCCGUGUGCAAGUACCAGAGGAGGAGAUGCACUCCCAACUGCCCCUUAGCCCCUUAUUUCCCGGCAAACAACUCCAACACCUUCCAAAACGUUCACCGUCUAUUUGGGGUAUCCAACAUAACCAAAAUACUCGACAGCCUACACAACUCCGACGAAAAGGAGGACGCCAUGAAAUCCAUCAUCUUCGAGGCUGAGAUGCGGCGGAGGUAUCCGGUCCACGGCUGCUCGGUGAUUAUACAACAGCUUCGUUUUCAAAUAGAGUGCGCGCACCAAGAGCUCCGCCGUCUGCAUUCUCUGUGUUUGCAGGUUGCCGCUUGUGAGGAACAAUUGAAUAAUAAUAAUUAUAGCAAUCACUUCAGUUUGGAUGUGGGCUCUAGCUUUCAUAUUGGGUCGGAUAAUGGAAAUGGCGCCAUUGAUGAGGAAAUGAUGGCGAUGGACAAUGAUAGUAGUGGCAAAAUUCAACAGUACAUGCAAAAUUAUGUUUAUUUUCACAAGGAUUUGGAUGUGGGCUCUAGCUUUCAUAUUGGAUCGGAUAAUGGAAAUGGCGCCAUUGAUGAGGAAAUGAUGGCGAUGGACAAUGAUAGCAGUGGCAAAAUUCAACAGUACAUGCAAAAUCAU